AUGCGUUUUUUGCCAACGCUCACCACCGCGCUCCUAUUCGCAGCCAAUGUGUCAGGAAGUCCGGCCGCUCCUUCAGCCUCGGCGGAAGCUGUCACUCCCGUCGCGAGUGUUGUAGAGGAGGCCACCCCGACAGCCUCAGCGACUCAAGCAAACAAUGUCAACCAGGCUAAAGUUGCUGCUGCUGAGACUACUCCUGCCGCUAACACCGCCGAAGCCGCCAACACGGCCACUGCGGCUGCUGCUGCGCCUGCGACGGAGGAAGAGACCACUGCUGCUGCAGACACCGCCUCUGCUAAUGCCGCCAAUCCGACCACAGCCAACCCUGUGGAAUCCGUGGUGGGCGGUAUAAAGACUGCUCUCGGUGCCAGUACGGCGGAACCAACUGAGUCAGCCGCUGCAACCGCCCCAACUGAAACCGCUGAUAAGUCUCCUGCUGAGACUGGUUCCUCCGCCGCGAAAACCUCCGCUGCCGAGACUACUACCUCCGCUGCCUCUGCUACAGGCACAUCAAGCACAAAGUCUACCAGUUCAGAUAGCAGCUCCGAAAUCCUGCCAGACUUGAAAGAUGCCUUGUCGAGUUUGCUCGGCGGUAGUAGUGGCGGACUUGGGCAGCUUCUGAGUGGUCUUGAAAGUCUGCUUAACCCUAGCUUCUUGGGCAACUUCGCCGACACCUUCGAAUAUCUCUCUACUGGUCUAGCACCCCCGGUCGACAACCAGAUCCGAACCUUAGUGGGCAAUGCCAAUGACCUCUUGACAGCAAGCUUCAUCAAGAAGACCGGCAGUCUCAUUGACAAUGCCAACAGCCUCUUGACCGAGGAGAACACCAAGGAGAUUGGCACCCUUCUCCAAGUGGCCAAUAAAUUAUUGUCCAGUCAGUUCAUCGACAAGGUGGACAGCCUCAUCGACAAUGCCAACAACCUCCUUACCUCCGAUUUCGUCAAUAAGACCAACAACAUUAUUGACAAAGCCAGUCCUCUCAUCGAUAAGGCUGGCCCUCUUAUUGAGGACGCGAGCGGCCUGCUUACUGAGAAGAAUGUUCAGGCGAUUGAGUCACUCUUGACAAACGCCAACACGCUGCUCACCCCCACAUUUAUCAAGGAGACCGGCAACCUCAUUGGCAAGGCCAGCCCUCUUAUUGACGACGUCAGUGGUCUCCUCACUGAGGCCAAUGUCCAGGCAAUUGAGUCACUCUUGUCCAAUGCUAACAAGCUGCUCACGCCCAGCUUUAUCGCGACUACCGGCAAGCUCAUCCAGCAGGCCGGUCCUCUUAUCAGCCAGGCUAGCGGUCUCCUCACCGCGGGUAAUGUUAAGGAGAUCGAGGCGCUCUUGAACAAUGCCAAUGAUCUGCUAACGCCCACCUUUAUCUCGACCACCGGUAAGCUUAUCAAGCAAGCCGGUCCCCUUAUUAGCCAGGCCGGUCCCCUCAUUACCCAGGCCAGCGGUCUACUCACCGAGGGCAAUGUCAAGGAGAUUGAGUCGCUCUUGGGCAAUGGCAACAAGCUGCUCACGCCCAGCUUCAUCUCCACUACCGGCAAGCUCAUUCAACAGGCUGGUCCCCUUAUCAACCAGGCUAGCGGCCUCCUCAGUGCGGGCAAUGUCAAGGAAAUCGAGACUCUUAUCGGCAAUGCCAAUAGCCUGUUGACUACCAGCUUCGUGAACCAGACCACUAGCCUGAUUGAUGAAGCUAGUGAGCUCUUGAGCUCGGACACUAUUGACAGCUUGAAGUCUCUCCUCGUCCAGCUCGCUCCUAUCAUUCCCGAGCUGAAGGGUCUGCUUAAGCCAGCCACUAUCAAGGCAAUCGAGAAUGUGCUUAGCAACGCUAACAAGCUGCUCACGGACGCCUUCGUCACGGACACCAACACCCUGGUCACAGAGGCUGUCAGCUUGCUCACCCCCGAUCUGGUCAAGGCUCUCAAGUCGCUCCUCAGUGAUCUUACUCCAUUGAUCCCCGAAUUGAUUCCACUGAUCCCCGAGUUGAAGUCGCUGUUGACCAAACAAACGAUCAAUUCGAUCGAGACGCUUCUGAACAACGCCGGAGACCUGCUCACGUCAGACUUCGUCAAGGACACCAAGAGCCUUGUCGGCGAGGCCGGCGACCUCCUCACUCCGGAGGUGGCCAAUGGACUGAAGUCGAUCUUGAAGGACGUCAUUCCUCUCCUGCCGGAGCUGAAUUUGCUCCUGAACAAGAGCACCAUCUCCGCCAUUGGUUCUCUCUUGACCAACGCCAACACUCUAUUGACACCCAAGUUCGUCAACGAGACCAUUGGCCUGGUCGACAGCGCCGACGAUCUCCUGAGCCCACCAAUUGUCACUGGAUUGAAGGAUCUCCUUGGCGACGUCAUUCCCCUGCUCCCCGAUCUCAGAAGGUCUCUGCUGAACACAACCAUCAUCACGGACCUGGGAUACAUUGUGACUAACGCUACCACUUUGCUCACGCCCGCCUUCGUCGGCGAGACCGCAGACCUCGUGCAAAACGCCGAUGGCCUCCUCACCCCCAAGAUUGUCACCACGCUCAAGGAGAUCCUUGGAUACGUGCCCGACUUGUUACCCGAGGUAACAAAGUUGCUCAAGCCUUCUGUUAUUUCGGAUGUUGGCGCGCUCUUGGAGAACGCUCAUGACCUCCUCACUCCCAAGUUCGUCAAUGAGACAACACUCCUGAUCGAUGAUGUUACAAGCUUCUUGCCUUUGGUCCAGGAAUUGCUCAAGGCGCUCUGA